AUGCCUCAACAAGAGCAAGUCCCUUCGGCAUGGGAGCACAUCACUGCCUCAAGCACCGAACCCAGCAUACAACUGAAAUCCACAAACCAAGCCUUACCAUUCACCUUCAACUUUGAGCUCAUUCGUUCAAAUGUAUUCAGAACUACAUUCUCAUCUGAAUCGCAUCCUCUGCCCCCUCACCCGAGCAUUCUAGUCCCCCCUGCCAGACAAGCAGGCUUAAAGGCGGAGACUGGUGAUGGAAGUAGCAAUACGAGCAGAGAAAUCCGCAUUGGAGACAUCAUUGCCAAUGUUGACUGGAGUGAAUCGUCACCACUCGUUAGCAUUUCGUAUGCCGACUCCAAGGAGCCGUUACAUACCGAUCUUCCUCAUCGAUCAUAUGUUGUUGACGGUGAAGGCAUCGCUCACUAUUCCCGCUACAAGCGCGGUACGCUACAUGUCGGUCUUGGUGAAAAGGCUGCUCCCAUGAAUUUGUCUGGUCGACGAUUUGAGUUGUCUGCCACAGAUAGUUUCGGCUACGACGUCUACAAGACAGACCCUUUAUACAAGAAUAUUCCACUCCUCAUCAAUGCAACCCCUAAUGGAUGUAUUGCGCUGUUUUCAACUAGUCAUGGACGGGGGAAAUAUUCUAUCGGGGCCGAGAUGGAUGGUAUGUGGGGUCACUACAAGGUGUAUCGGCAAGAUUAUGGCGGUCUUGAGGAGAUUAUCAUUGUCGGCAAGACUCUGCAAGACAUCGUUACUACGUAUGCCGAGUUUGCUGGGUUUCCGCUCCUCGUCCCUCGAUGGGCAUUCGGUUAUCUUUCCGGCGGUAUGAAGUAUUCCAUGCUUGAUGACCCGCCUGCGUCAGAGGCGCUUCUUGAUCUAGCUCGAAAGAUGAAGGAACACGACAUUCCUUGCUCUGCAUACCAAAUGUCAUCAGGAUACACAGUGGCUGAGCAGGAGCCCAAGACACGAAAUGUCUUCACGUGGAAUAGGCACCGCUUCCCUGAUCCCGAAGGAUGGAUCAAGGAGUAUCACAAGCUAGGCAUGCGGCUAAUUGCCAAUGUGAAGCCCUACGUCUUGGCAAGUCAUCCCGAAUACCAGAAGUUAAAGGAUGCCGGCGCCUUCUUCACAGAUCCCCACACAAAAACCACGGCUGUCACACGACUAUGGAGCGCAGGAGGUGGUGAAAGUGGUGAAGGUGGUCAUAUCGACUUCACCUCAGCAGCCGGAUUCAAGUGGUGGUUUGAGGGAGUCAAGAAGCUCCGCGAACAAGGAAUUGACUGUAUUUGGAACGACAAUAAUGAAUACACCAUCACAGACGACGGUUGGCAGUGUGCCCUGAAUGAACCUUCUCUAGAAGUACCGGAAUCUCUCAAAGAACGUCGCGAUGUUGGGCUUUGGGGGCGAAGUGUCCAUACAGAGCUUCACGGCAAGGCAUCUCAUGAUGCAUUGCUCGAGGCUGAUCCAGACUGCAGACCAUUUGUCCUUACUCGGAGUGCUACAGCAGGCACUAUGAGAUACGCUUGCAGCUCCUGGAGUGGUGACAAUAUCACUAGUUGGCCGGGCAUGAAAGGCGCAAAUGCGCUAUCACUGACAGCCGGCAUGUGCUUGAUGCAGUGCUAUGGUCACGAUAUUGGUGGAUUUGAAGGGCCACAGCCUUCUCCCGAGCUGCUUCUUCGGUGGGUGCAGCUUGGCAUUUAUUCCCCUCGUUUCGCCAUCAACUGUUUCAAAACUGGCGACGACAACAAUGUUGGCGACGUCAUUGAGCCAUGGAUGCAUCCAUCAAUUACACACCUCGUCCGAAAGACGAUCAAACGUCGCUAUGCCAUGAUACCGUAUCUGUACUCGCUCAUGUUGGCGAGUCACAAGACAGCCGUACCACCGCAACGCUGGACUGGUUGGGGAUACGAAUGUGAUCCAGAAAUAUGGACUCCAGAGAUCAUGGACGGCGAAUGCCAAUAUUGGCUCGGAGAUUCUCUCCUCAUUGGAGGCGUGUAUGAGCCAGGCGUGACACAGGCGCGUGUCUAUCUACCCAGGGCAUCUGAAGCCGAUGAGGGAUUCUUGAACCUCAACGCGCCGUAUCAGCAUUUCCAAUCGGGCCAGUGGAUCACUUUGGACGCAGAGUGGCAUGGGGCUGGUAUUCCAGUCCUGGCGAAGGUUGGGACGGCUAUUCCAGUUGGCCGAGACGUCCAGGUCCUAUCUCCGGGUGAGAAGGAGAAUGUGGCUGAUUUACCGUUGGAUGAUUACCGCGCAGUAGAAAUCUUCCCACCUCGCAGAAAGAGUGCGAAGGAUUGGUAUGAGACGGAGUGGUUCGAAGAUGAUGGUGUGUCAGUUGCACCCAAAGCAAAGAUUUCCAAGUACACCGUUUCCUAUAGGGUUGAUGAGUCCAAGGUGUCUGUCAAAUUUUCGAGGGACGAGCGUUCGGGAUUUGUGGCUCCUUGGAAGACACUCGUCAUAAUACUUCCCGCCGGCGAUUUGCGAACUGUAGUUGCAGAAGAUGGUGCGACUGUUCAUUCACUCAAGACUGAUGAACAAGGACGACGGCAAUUUGAGUUGCUUCAGUAG